AUGGAUCCGCCGCCGCAGCCUUCACACCACCAGCACCACCACCACCGGCUCCACCUCCGUCUCGAUCCCGGCCACCACCACCACAUCCACAUCCAACUCUGCCACCACACCGCCCACCUCCUUCCCGCCGCCGCCUCUUGUGCCCACUUCCAGCAGCAGUACCCGCAGUCGCUGUUCCCCUACCCGCCGAGCGCGGCGCCUUGGCACCCGGAAGGAGGACCAAUGGCCGGACCGCAGGUAGAGGCGGCGAGGGAGUCGGAGGAGCCGGCCCUGCAGGUGGGACAAGAAGACGUUUAUCUGGAAGGGGAAGAGGAGGAGGAUGAGGAGCCGGUGUUCGUGCUGACGGACGAGUGGGCGGAGUUCUUCGCCAAGGCCGACGCCAAGAGGAAGCUGGCCAAGCAGCAGAAGAAGAAGGAUCGGAAGAAGUAGCCAGGCGCGUCAGUGUCAUUGGCUCAAACAAUGGACAAGGAGGCCGCACAGGGGCUGGCUUUACCACAGCUUAUAGCACUUCAUACUUUUUUACCAGAAGAAUUACAGUAUUCCCAAUGCUUUUUUAUCCAGCGUGUAGUAGCAGCAAUUUAC